AUGGGAGGGAAACUACGGUUAUGUGUCGACUACCGUGGGUUGAAUAAGGUGACCAAGAAGAACCGAGCGGCUUUGCCAUUGAUCUCGGGGAUCUUGGACCGACUGGGGGACGAGUGGAAAACAGCAUUUAGGUGCCACUAUGGCCAUUACGAAUACCAGCAAUACAUCAACGAUGCACUGGAAGGCCUGGUUGACAUCAUCUGUGUUGUCUACUUGGACGACAUCCUCAUCUUCAGUGAAGACCCGGAACAGCAUGAAGGUCAUGUCAAGGACGUCCUGCAAAGGUUGCGAAAAGCCGGACUUUACGCCAAUCUGAAAGGAAUCCACAUGGAAGAAGAACGGAACUACAGCAAGAUCGUGUCUCCGCUCACCGAUCGUCUCCGCAAGGGUGCAUCGAAGCCCUUCAAGCUGGAUCCAAAAGCAAUGAGGGCUUUCGAAGAUCUCAAGACGGCCUUCACACGGGCCUGUUCUCAGACACUUCGAUCCUUCCAAGGCAAUACGAAUCGAAACGGAUGCGUCUCAGUUCGCUAUCGGAGCAAUAAUCUCUCAACUGCACACCGAUCGAUGGCACCCCCUAUCACAGAAGCUUUCCGCUAUUGGCGCCACUACCUUGCCUAUACGGAGCAGAAGAUCACCGUUUUGACGGACCACCUGAACCAUAAGUACUUUAUGUCCAAAACUAAGCUGACCAAUCGACAGAUGAAUGCACUGGACCAGUUGUGCAGCUUUGACUUUGAGAUCCUUUACCGACCGGGCUUGAAGAAUCCUGCGGAUGGAUUAUCAAGACGGCCGGACCACGAGGGUGAUGAGAACGGCCGGGCUGCGAGAUCCGCGUGUUGCACGAGUCUUGAGGACGUCGAGGACGACAUCUCAGGAGGAGGCACCGCUGUAACGGCACCAGCGUUACAGGAGUCACUCCAAGAGGCCCUGCUGGCGGCACAGCAAGGGGACGCCUUUGUUGUCCAGCAGAAGCAGCUUGUUAGUGUCCCUGACAGCGCUACCGCCGGUGGGCUCUCGUCAGAAGUCUGGAGCACCAAUGACGAGGGGCUGUUGUGUUACCGCGAGAAGAUCUUCGUGCCUGUGGGCUUGAGAAACGAGAUCCUAGUGCUGUUUCACGACGAUGAGGUUGCCGGCCAUCAAGGCGGAACCAAGACUUGCAAGCGGAUUCAGGUGCAGUAUUACUGGCCCGGAUUACGUCGAGACGUGCGUCGUUAUGUCUCUACCUGCCGCGAAUGUCAGCUCGCAAAGCCGAGGCAUCAUAAGCCGUACGGGCUGCUAGCGCCACUGCCGGCGCCAAGCCGUCCGUGGCAAGAGAUUUCGAUGGACUUCAUCACGGACCUCCCGCCGGUCCGAUGUGAGAAGAAGAUUUACUCCAGUAUCCUGGUCGUGGUCGACCGCCUGACCCGCUACGCACGAUACAUUCCGGUGUCGUCGCGCAUAUCCAGUGAUGGCUUGGCAGAUGUGUUCCUGAGGGAAAUCUUCAAGCAUUAUGGAAUGCCUGAUGGCAUUGUCAGCGAUCGAGGGAGCCUAUUUACGGGGCACUUCUGGGCCACGUUUUGCCAUUUGCUUCAUUGCAAGCGACGCCUCAGCACGUCUUUUCAUCCUCAGACUGAUGGUCAAACCGAGCGGGUCAACCAGACGAUCGAACAGUACUUACGGACUUUCUGCAACAAAGAGCAGUCAGAUUGGAUGGACAAGUUGCCAUUGGCGGAGUUUACGUAUAACACCUCAUACCAUGACACGGUGAAAGGAGCUCCAGCCGAGGUUUUGAUGGGCUAUCAGCCACGGUCUAAGGGUCAUGUCAAGGGACAACUCGAAACCUUCAGCAUUCGCGCCAUGGACCGAGUCCGAGGCCUCAGAGAACUUCACGAACGUACGGCCCUCCUUAUCACGAGAGCCCAGGAGCGACAAGCGCGACACUAUAACAAGACUCGACAGCAAAUGUCCUUCGAGGAGGGUGAUUGGGUCCUUAUUUCCACCAAGAACCUUCCGUUGAGACGUCCGACCAAAAAGCUGACUGACAAGUACGUCGGGCCAUACCAGAUUGACCAAGUCGUUGGGGUCAUAACUAGCCUACCGCCUACGCCUGCCUUCAACAGUCAAGAUUCACAAUGUCUUGCCUGUCAGCAGCUUGGAGCUCUAUCGGACUCGAAAUCAAGAGCCUAUUGA